AUGAAUGAAGAAACACAUUUAUUCACCACACCCUCUGGUCAACAACAACGAAGUAAUGAACAUCCAGCCCAUCCUCAUGCAAAUACUAAACGACUAUUGACAUCAUUACACACAUCCAUGAUAUCUCUUGGUGGGAUUAUAGGUACUGGAUUAUUCAUUGGAGUUAGAAUCACCCUCUUAAAUGGUCCAAUAAUAUCAUUAAUGUCAUAUCUAUAUAUUAGUUUAAUAUGUUUUUAUAUUAUACAAGCCGUAGGGGAAAUGUCGUGUUAUAUGCCAUUAAAUGGAUCAUUGUGUCAAUUUCAAUUUAUUUAUAUAUCUAAUCCAAUUGGAGUUAUGAAUAAUUUUAUUUAUUGGAUAAGUUGGUCUAUUACUUUGGCAUUAGAAUUGAGUUUAAUUUAUAAUAUGUUGAAAUAUUGGCAAUGGUCAUGGAUAGAUAAUAUUGGUGAAACAUGGAUGAUUUUUAUAAUUUGGUUAAUAUUAACAAUUUGUAAUUUAUUCCCAGUUAAUAAUUAUGGGAAUAUUGAAUUUAUAAUUACUAUAUUUAAGAUUUUUUUCAUGAUGGGAUGGAUUGGCAUUAGUAUUAGUUUAGUUUUGAAUAAUGGGACUGGAUUCAAAUAUUGGAAUAAAGAUUUGAUUUGGGGUAUUGAUUAUAUUAAAGUGAUUGAAAACCCCGUGGGGUCUAAAUUAAUUAAUAUUUUAUCAUCAUUGAUUUCUUCUUGUUUUACUUUCCAAUCAAUUGAAUCCGUGGCUAUUUGUUCAGGUGAAAUUAUUGAUGUUCAUAAGAAUUUACCACGAGCAAUUAAAUAUGUUGUUCUGAGAAUCGUUGUAUUCUAUAUCUUGACAUUGUUUUUAUUAACUUUAAUGAUUCCAUGUAAUGAUCCACGAUUAGUUUCUAGUGGUGGUGAUGAUGAUGGGAGUACUGAUGAUGUGUUUGCAUCGCCAUUUUUAAUUGGCUUGAUAAAUAUGGGUAUGAGUUCAAGUUCAUUUUUACUUGGUUUUUUCAAUUUCAUUAUAUUAAUAUCAAUGGUUUCAGCCGCCAAUUCAAAUAUUUAUUUUGGAUCAAGAUGUUUAUUAUCAAUGGUAGAAGAAGGAUAUUUCCCAGUUGUUUUCGGUGAAACUACCAAAAAUGGUGUUCCAUUCAAUGCAAUAUUGUUAACUUCAUCAAUUGGAUUGAUUUCUUUAUUGUCUAAAUUCAAAUCAAUUGAUAUAUUUUAUAAACUAUUGAUUAAUUUAUCAUCAACUUCAGGAUUGAUUAUGUGGUUAUUUAUUCUGAUCAGUUAUUUACAAUUCAGGAGGGCAUUAGCAUUCAAUUCAAUUGUUUAUGAAACUUUGGCAUAUACAGCGGUGCAUAAAUUUCCUAUGAUAAAGUUAAGUUACAUUACUAUCGUUAGUAUAGUGACAAUUAUUAUAGGUAAUGGUAUAGUUAAUAUUUGGGAGUUUAGUUGGGACCUGUUUAUUAGUUGUUAUUUGACGCUGAUUAUAUUGAUUGUUGGAAGUGUUUGGUUGAGUGUGAUUUGGAAACAGCCCAUUUUGAAGAAGAUUGAGGACAUAGAUAUAUUUACCAAUCAAUCGGUACAUGCAUUCAAAUAG